AUCGCUUUAAGGCUCCCAUGCUCACUGUGGCACAUCCACUCCUUUACCUGCAGUUUGGUACUUGAGCAGGCAACGCCCAUGCUCUCCGUCGAUUGGCUGCUUGCACUGCCUGUCAGAGUGGAGAGGCUGUUGCACGCUUAGGAAGGAUUUGGCGUUCAGCGUUACCAUUCCCGAGGCAAUAAGGUGGUGGCUUUGCGCAUCUCAUGCUGGAGGAAGCGCCACUCUCCAGGCGUGAUGUUUGAAGCCCGGGACUUUCUCCGCAGACGCUUUCCCCUAUUUACGCGAUUUGCCAAAAAUCCAGAUGAGCUUUUCUAAUGACCGAACACCCCCACAGCGAGCACUAACCAAGUUUAUAACCCAUGACAGUAAACGGGGUUCGGAGGCACCACGUUGCUGCUGCGGGGGGGUUAAAGUGCUGUCAGGCUCGUACACGGAGAAGGGUGUUUAGCGGCGCUGGAAAUGGAGAGGAAAGUUUUAGAGUGUGAAGGUGCAGGGAAUGGAAGCGACCGCUCUUCUUCCUCUUCACUUUCCUCCUCGGGCUCCCAGACCCUGUCAGAGGGGAACAUGAAGCGGGCACAGUCCGGGGGGAGCAGCAGCAGCACUGACUGUGAAUCAGGGAGGAGAAGGGACAGGAGGCAAGAAGGACGAGACCAUUCUGGGGCAGAGGAAGAGCUCGACAGUAUUCUGUCGCCACCCUCUAUGCUGUCCCGCAAAUGCAGCAAUCCUGAAGUGUCUGUAAGGCCUUGCAAGUCGGUCAAGUAUAAAAGCCAGCUUAGCGAUGAUGGACGCAUCCUUCGAAGAGGGAGCCUGGGCGGAGCUUUAACAGGGCGGUAUCUGCUUCCCGCUGGGGCCACACAACAAAUAUGGCCGACAUCUACAGAGGCUUCCAAUCUUGUGCGUAUGCGCAGCCAGGCUCUUGGGCAAUCAGCUCCGUCCCUCACAGCAAGCUUGAAGGAACUGAGCCUUCCAAGACGGGGAAGCUUUCUCACCCCAAGAAGCUUGAGUCCAACCCCAACAAGCCCCUGCAGUCCAUGUAGUCCAUUGUAUGCUUUCCAUUUCUGGAGUUGUCGGACAAGCAACAGGAAGAGCUUAAUUGGCAGCAACCAGUCUCCUGCCCUUCCUCGGCCUCACUCUCCUCUCUCUGCUCAUACAGGAAGCAGCCCCCAAGACAGCCCACGGAACUUCUCUCCCAGUGCGUCUGCUCAUUUUUCAUUUGCUCGAAGGACUGACGGGCGCCGCUGGUCUUUGGCAUCUCUCCCCUCAUCUGGAUAUGGAACGAACACACCAAGCUCUACUGUGUCUUCAUCGUGUUCAUCCCAGGAGAAGUUACACCAAUUACCAUAUCAACCCACACCUGAUGAGCUGCAUUUUCUGUCCCGACAUUUCUGCACCGAGAGCAUUGCCAUCGAUGACAGAUGCCGGACCACUCCACUGCGCCCUCGAUCCAGAAGUCUCAGCCCUGGACGCACGUUGGCAUGCUGUGACCAUGAAAUAAUUAUGAUGAACCAUGUAUACAAAGAACGAUUCCCAAAGGCUACAGCUCAGAUGGAAGAACGACUUCAGGACAUCAUCACCAACUAUUCUCCAGAUAGCGUCCUGCCUCUGGCUGAUGGAGUGCUCAGUUUUACCCAUCACCAGAUUAUUGAGCUGGCCCGGGAUUGCUUGGAUAAAUCCAAUUUAGGCCUCAUAACCUCAAGAUACUUCCUGGAACUACAGCAGAAAAUAGAAAAGUUGCUACACGAAGCUUACGAACGGUCAGAAAGUGGAGAACUGGCGUUUAUUAAGCAGCUAGUUCAGAAAAUCCUGAUAGUUAUUGCACGGCCAGCGAGAUUACUGGAAUGCCUGGAAUUUGAUCCGGAAGAAUUCUACUACCUGUUAGAAGCUGCAGAAGGCCAUGCUAAAGAGGGACAGGGCAUCAAAACGGAUAUACCGAGGUAUAUUAUUAGUCAGCUGGGCCUGAACAAAGAUCCUCUGGAAGAAAUUGCACUGCUAUCAAAUUAUGACAGUGGAACGGCUGAAACUCCUGAGACAGAUGAAUCCAUCAGUAGCUCAAAAAAGUCAAUGAAAAUUAGAAGAAAACCUUGUGAGAGUGAUUUUGAAGCCAUGAAAUUGAUCAGCAAUGGAGCAUACGGGGCUGUUUACUUGGUUCGCCAUAAAGAAACCCGUCAAAGAUUUGCCAUGAAGAAGAUAAACAGGCAGAACUUAAUCCUCAGGAAUCAGAUUCAACAGGCGUUUGUGGAGCGAGAUAUUUUAACGUUUGCAGAAAAUCCAUUUGUUGUCAGUAUGUACUGUUCUUUUGAGACAAGGCGCCACUUAUGCAUGGUCAUGGAGUAUGUGGAAGGCGGAGACUGUGCCACCUUGCUGAAGAACAUCGGCCCACUGCCGGUAGACAUGGCUCGAAUGUAUUUUGCGGAAACUGUUUUGGCUCUGGAAUACCUUCAUAACUAUGGAAUUGUGCACAGGGAUUUGAAACCUGACAACUUACUGGUAACAUCCAUGGGACAUAUAAAGCUUACCGAUUUUGGACUUUCGAAGGUGGGCCUUAUGAACAUGACUACCAACCUUUAUGAGGGUCACAUUGAAAAGGAUGCUCGAGAAUUCCUCGACAAACAGGUCUGUGGCACCCCUGAAUACAUUGCUCCUGAGGUAAUCCUACGCCAAGGUUAUGGGAAGCCAGUCGAUUGGUGGGCGAUGGGAAUUAUCCUGUAUGAAUUUCUUGUUGGCUGCGUACCAUUUUUUGGUGAUACGCCAGAGGACCUGUUUGGCCAGGUUAUAAUUGAUGAAAUCAAUUGGCCAGAAAAAGAAGAUGCUCCACCGUCUGAUGCUCAGGAUCUGAUUACAUUACUACUCAGGCAAAACCCACUGGAAAGAAUGGGAACAGGAGGUGCCUAUGAAGUGAAGCAACAUUCUUUCUUUUGUGCCUUGGACUGGAACAGUUUAUUAAGACAAAAAGCAGAGUUUAUACCUCAGCUAGAAUCAGAAGAUGAUACCAGCUAUUUUGACACACGUUCUGAGAAAUAUCAUCACAUGGAAACAGAAGAGGAAGAUGAUACCAACGAUGAAGAUUUUAGUAUGGAAAUCAGACAGUUCUCAUCAAGUUCCCACAGGUUUUCAAAAGUAUUCAGCAGCAUUGACCAGCUAAUGCAAAGCAAGGUCGAGGAAAAGGACGAUAGCACAGACAAAUCAAAGGACCUCAGCCUCCCACCAGUGGAAUCUUUAAGUUGGAGCUCAGAAUAUUCAGAAAUGCAGCAGCUGUCCAUAUCAACCUGUUCUGAAACUGAAAACCAAAAGCCAUGCCACAAUGGCAGUUUGCUGCCAAAGUUUGCCAUUUCUUCUGACAUAGAACGUGAUGAGUUGUGUUCUGGGGGGCCUAAAGCAACAGAUCAUUCUACCCAAGAACCUGAGGACUCUCUCCAAGAAGAUCUUGAUGUUACUACACCAAUCAGCAUUAGCAGUUCUACUGUCUCAGUGAGUAGUUUUUCAGAGCACUUAGAUCAGAUAAACGGAAGAAACGAGAGUGUGGACAGUACAGAUAAUUCCUCAAAGCCCUCCAAUGAAACGGCUUCUCACAUGGCUCGUCAGCGAUUAGAAAACACAGAGAAACAGAAAAUGCCUGGAAAAGUCACUAAGUCAAUCUCUGCUAGCGCACUCUCUCUCGUGAUCCCUGGAGAUGUGUACAGUGUAUCUCCAUUAGGCAGCCCGAUAUCCCCACUUUCAAUGUCAUCGGAUGCAUCCUCCAGAGAUUCUUCACCCAGCCGUGAAUCUUCCAUCUCCUCCUCCAGUCCAAAGCAGCCGAUUAUCAUUCAGAGUUCUGGGAAAAAGUUUGGCUUUACUCUCCAGGCAAUUAGAGUGUUUGUUGGGGACAGUGAUAUCUACACAGUACACCACAUUGUAUGGAGUGUUGAGGAAGGAAGUGCAGCCUACCAGGCAGGUCUGAAGGCUGGCGACCUCAUUACUCAUAUAAACGGGGAGCCUGUCCAUGGACUUGUUCACACAGAGGUCAUAGAGCUUCUGCUCAAGAGUGGCAGUAAAGUUGCGAUCAUGACAACUGCCUUUGAGGACACCUCAAUCAAAACAGGCCCAGCAAGAAGGAAUAGCUACAAGAGCAGGAUGGUGAGACGCACAAAGAAGACCAAGAAAAAGGAAAAUAUAGAAAGGAGAAGAUCUUUUUUCAAAAAGCUCGCAAAGCAACCAUCCCCACUUCUACACACCAGCAGAAGCUUCUCUUGCUUAAACCGAUCCCUGUCCUCUGGGGAAAGCUUACCUGCUUCUCCUACUCACAGUCUGUCUCCACGAUCUCCAACUCCAAGCUGCCGCUCAACUCCUGAUUUCCCAUCUGGUACUAAUUCAUCACAGAGUAGCUCUCCAAGUUCAAGUGCACCAAAUUCUCCAGCAGGAUCUGGCCACAUAAGACCCAGUACGCUGCAUGGUUUGGGGCCGAAACUGGGGAGUCAGAGGUAUAGGUCUGGUAGACGCAAAUCUGCUGGAAGCAUACCUCUUUCCCCAUUGGCAAGAACCCCAUCACCAACCCCCCAGCCACCAUCUCCCCAGAGAUCUCCUUCACCUCUACAUAGUCAUUCUGUAGGAAACACAAAAGCAACUCCUAGCUUCCCUGCAAAAAUGCACUCUCCUCCAACCAUUGUAAGGCACGUUGUCAGGCCUAAAAGUGCCGAACCACCAAGGUCUCCACUGCUAAAGCGAGUCCAGUCAGAAGAAAAACUUUCACCAUCUUACUGCUGUGAAAAAAAGCACUUAUGUUCACGCAAGCACAAUCUUGAGGUCACUAAAGAAGAAAUCCACAAGCAGACACUACAAAGGGAGUUAGCACUUCAAAGCCUAGAAGAAAAUAUAUGUGAUGUCCUGUCAUGUACAAGGAUUAAGCCUGUGGAACAGGGAUGCCUAAAACGUCCUGUAUCAAGGAAGGUAGGCAGACAAGAGUCAUUAGAUGAGCUGGACAAAGAGAAACUAAAAGCCAAAAUAGUUAUGAAGAAAAAGGAUAUGCCAGAAAGGCAAGAUUCUCUUCUAAAACAAAGCCUAAUGCAUGAUUUGCACAAUGAAUUGGGCAGUCCGAUUACAGUAGCAGAACAAGAGAAGGAAGACAAAUCAUACCAGAAUCUAAUUAAAAGGACCAAUCUGUCAGAGCAUAGACUCACGACCUAUGAAAGCCGUGGAGGGAUCAUGUUUAAAGAUACUCUUAACAAGGGUGUAAUUUCUCGAACAAAUGGUGGAUUCAUGGAUGGUCAGUUACAUGGUCAUGGUCCUCAGGCAGCAGAAAAUGUUCACAUAUCAUGUGAGAUCAAGAAAGCCUCAAGUUCAUGUGAUAGGGUAGUACUUGCGAGGGAUGACAAUGUAGAUAAAGCAUCUUCAGCUUGUACAGCUAAUAGUGAACUUUUAAGAAAGAAGAAAUCUUUAGAAGAAAAAGAAAGCACUUUAUGUUUGGUUUUAAAGUCAAAAGCCCAUGAAAGUAUUCAAGCAAAGUCUUCAUUCUUACCCACUGAAAGUAUUGCUCCCUUGGAUAACAGAACGUGUUUGCCGAAUGCUCAGAGCAGUACUGUUUCAUUUGCACCACUCAAAGCCAGUAACAAUAGGUGUGAAAACAAUAAUGAUAAGUCAGGGGUUUUACACACCGAAACAUCAGUCCGAAAAAGCCCUUCAGAGUUUAAACUGGAAGCGCGAUCCGUUUCUUCAUUAAAACCCAUUGAGGGCACCUUAGAUAUCGCUCUACUGUCAGGUCCAAAAGUUACAAAAACAGAAUAUACUGAUAUAGCCCUAGAAAAGAAAAACCAGAAUGUUGCUAAAGCAGAGAAAAUAAGCCCAGAUUCAAAGAACGAUGUUGUACACAAGCCAGAUAAUCAAAAUAUGUUCUUGUUUUCCAAUACAAGCGCUGGCGGUGUAAGUUUACAUUCUGCACACAAGAGACCCAUUAAAGAGAAUCCUAAAGAAUGUCCACAAUCUAAUUUAGCUGCUGCUGAGAUUUGUUCAAAUAAGGAAGUGUCUGGAUUAAAAGAAAAAAAUGAACUUCAAAAUCAGGCAGCAGGCUCAGCUCAGUCAGGACUGAAGGAGUCAUCAGCACAAGAACUGGCGACUUCUGCCAGAAGGAAUGGUCAAGAGAUGAAGAGCUCACUUGUGUCCACUGGUAGGUGCUCUCUUGAGCAAAAACAAAAUAAAACAUGCAGAGCAAUGACUGAUCCUUCCCAAGAACCCUCUGGAAUAAGAGUUGAGGCCAGUCUGACAAAAUCCAGUAGCCCUGAAAAGACCGAUCGCGCACUACACGCCACUGGAGGCAAAAGUUGUCAGGCACCAGUAAGUAAAUUAUGUCCUAAUGAAUGUGUAAGUGUACCUAAGCCAGCCCCUGUAAUGGAUGUUGACUCUCCUAUUCUUCUAAACACCAAAGUGGACAUCAAAGUAAAGGUUGCCGUUAAACAAGAACCUUCUUCUGUGAGCUCAAGCAGCAAAACCCAAGAAAUCACAUCCAUACUAAAAGCUGGAUCAGAGAAAAGCAACAGAGAAUUGUCAACCAAUAAAGAGUCUGUCAGUUUAAAGGCACAACAGUAUGUGGCUGAAAGUAUCUUCUCUGGUGCAGUACCUGAAGCCAGUAGUAAAAGCAGCUUGCACAGUCAAAAAGAACAGAAGCUGUCACAUGAACAGCUCAAUGACUCUACUGGUAAAUCCAACAUCUCUAGCUCCAGUACAACUAAAGCAAAUAGUUUUGGCAAAUCAGGAGUGCCAGAACAGCCAAGUACCGGUGCUUUAAAAAAAGAGAUGGCUAUUCAGAGGACAAAUGUUUUACUGAAAGUUGAUAAAGGUGCCAAUAUCCUUUUAUCUUCUCUUUCUCAAAACAAAGAUAUUGUUAUAUCAGAAAAGACUACAAACUAUUUUCCUUCUUCUACUGUAAGUACAAGGAACACUAGUCUUUCUGCAACAAGAGAAACUCAUUCAAACAGCCAUCAGGCAACCAGCUCUGCAUGCUCUAGCACACCUAAUCCAAAGGAAUGUUCAGCUAAAUCUCACUUGAAAGAGAAAACCAGUCUACAGCCCAAGCUCACCAGAACUGUUACUGUCAAAAGUGGUGUUCAAAGCAAAUUGUCAGCUGAAGGCUUAGCCCUCGGGAUGUCCUCUCCCGAAAAGCAGCAAGAUAGUAAAUGCACAGAAGCACUUUAUGUCCAGAGUGACAAAAGGGAAAGUAAGGUUAUGCCUACUGUUACAAACAGGGACACUAGGAAAGUAACAGAAAAGCCAAAAUCUGUAAACUCUCCCAAUGUGAUGGGGAAAGGAGCACAAAAUAAGACGGAUUUGGUUGAUGCACAUAAUGGAGUUUCUGCAUUGUCUGCAACUGUUUCUUCUCCUAACGUUGAUACGUCUUUGACCAAACCACGUCUGUCUGAAUGUCCUUUAAACAUAAGCACGGAGAGGAAUGAGAUUACUCCAAAUUUUGUUUCUUCAAAAGCCAAGAAGGAUGUUCAGUUAUCCCCUAACAAAGCCGGGGCAAAAGCAGAUAGCAUAUUCAGUAAGUCUUCUGCUGAAAAACAAUUUAGCUUUGCUUCAAACUGUGUACUGUCAACAGCCAACAGUAGGAACCAGUCUUUGUCUCCCAAUAAGAAGAACGUUGCUAAAGACAUACAGAAGGCACCACCAGUCUCUAUUGGUAACCCAUGUGCACUCACCUCUGAUAAAGACUUGAAAGGGCAGAAGCAAGGAAAGGAUGUGUUGCAAACCAGCCCUGGUGAAAAGACAUUAUAGUUUGCAAACCCACUGCAAAAAUAGGACCUCUUUACUGUAGUAGCUGCUAAUUUCAGACUCUUUUUUUCCAAAACCAGCACUGUGUAGUAUUUCCAUUCUUUCAGGCAUUUGUGUCCGUGUCAAGUUUUUUUUUAAGUGUAAUUUGGAGUAAAGGGGUGGAAUGUUUUUGGUUUGUUUUUUUUACCCCACCUGUAUGAGCUGCCUGUGUGGUGGUGUUAGUUUGAGGGAUCUCUGCAGCUGGGACUGGGGUAAGGGCUAUGGGGAAAAAAAGGUCUGUAAAUUUGCAAUAUUGUUAUUUGUGUGGAAUGUAGAAUGUACAGUUUGCUGCUGAAUUUCACUGUUUACUUGUUGUUUUCUAUGGGAAAAAAAAAUCAACUCAUAAGACUGCAAAAAUAUAUAAAAAAAAAAAUUUUUGUACCAUUGGACAGAAAAAAAAAUUGAUUUGUUUUUUUUUUCUUUGCAGAAAUUAAAAUACAUAGUUAAUUGA